AUGGCUUCUGAAACGGCCCUCUACAAACUCUCCUCUGAUGACCUCAGCCCCAUGGCAGCCUCCCGCCACCACCUUUUUCAGUCACUCAGGGCUGUCAUUCCACAUCCUGCCACCGCCGCUGCUGUUGAAUCCUCUGGUGCUAAUCCUGCUGGAACAAAGUUGGGUCAUUCAAGAACUUCAAAAAGGUCUUCACUGUCCACCAAGGAUAGGCACACUAAAGUCAAUGGCCGAGGCCGCCGAGUGAGAAUACCGGCUUUGUGCGCCGCCCGGGUGUUCCAGUUGACGCGGGAACUUGGCCACCGCUCCGACGGGGAGACCAUUGAGUGGCUUCUCCGCCAAGCCGAACCGGCUAUCAUCGCCGCCACUGGCACCGGAACCAUCCCUGCUGACAACAUUUCCACCGCCCCCACCAUUCCUCUGUCCCGCUCCCGCGCUUCUGUUCAGGCUCCGCUGCUUCCAUCCCCGCCGCUGAGCUGUAGGCUGGACCUCGGCCAGUCGCCGCCGCCAAUGGGCUUCGAGUUUGAUCCCAAUGCGUAUCGCCACAUGCCAUUCACGGCUCUUCUACUGCAGCCUGCGGUGGAGGAGGCGGAAGAGAGGCAUCGUGGAGUAGUUGAGGAUCACUAG